AUGUACAGUUUUAUGGGUGGUGGUCUCUUCUGCGCCUUCAUGGGGAACGUGCUGCUGGUGGUGUCACUGGCCACGGACUACUGGAUGCAGUACCGUCUGUCAGGAGCCCUGGCACACCAGGGGCUCUGGAGGUACUGUGUCAGCAGCAAGUGUUACCUGCAGACUGAUAGCAUUGCGUACUGGAAUGCCACCAGGGCCUUUAUGAUCCUGUCGGCUCUGUUCUGUUUCGGGGGAGUGAUCGCCGGAUCCCUCGCCUUCGCCCACUUCCCUGUCUUCGAAAAGUUUAACCGCACGUUUGCUGCUGGGACAAUGUUCUUCAUCUCCACCUUCCUGAUGCUGUUGGGCAUGGCUAUCUACACAGGAGUGACACUCAGCUUCCUGGGCAAGAGGUUCGGAGACUGGCGCUUCUCCUGGUCCUAUAUCCUGGGCUGGGUGGCCAUGUUGCUGACCACUUUUGCAGGCAUCUUCUACAUGUGUGCCUACAGAAUGAGUGAGCGCCGCAGACUGACGGGACCUCGCUAAGGGAGUGCUGGACCGGGGCCUCAUCCUGGGCCUUGGAGGCCAACCUCAGUGCUGACACAUUGUCUCACUCCCUCAGUGUUCUUUCGAACUUUCUGCGUGGGAUGGAGUGGGCAAUCUAACUGUGCCAGUCAAUAAACAGCAUGA